AACUCAUGACAUCAUCAGUUGUUGCCGUCCCCUCCCCUGCCAGACGACCGCCAUUUUCUGUACUCUCUCGACUGGGAAGUGCCGAAAAUUGCAAAAAAUCUGGCGCUUGGGCAGCCUUUGGAGACUCCAGACGAUGGCCAAUCUUUCAUCAACCCCUUAUCGCGAGGACGCAUCAAUCUGAGGCGUUUUCUGAGGAAAAAAAAGGUGAACUGUUGAUAGAUUGCAGAGAGAGAACCACUGAGUGAAGGAGAGAAACAAAGAGGAAAGGAAGCGGAAGCACCUGUGCCUACCGUGGCAGGAGUUGCUCAUACCAGCCUCAUCAUGGCUGAUGAGGAACAGAUGAGCCUGGUGCAUGUCCAGGCCAGUGAGCUGUUCCCCAAGAAGAGUCUGCACAGCGAGGACGGAACCCUGCAGGUGCCGUUUCCCGAGCUGAGCGGAGAGAGCGUGGAGUACCUGGGGCGCACGUCUGACGGGAUCAUCGCCAUCUCCAACUUCCGUCUCCUCCUGCGCUUCAAGGACUCCUUCGUUAACGUGCCCUUGAUGCUGAUAGAGAGUGUGGAGAUACGGGACCUCUUUCAGCUGUAUGUCUGCUGCAAGGAUGUCCGUUCCUUUAGGUGCUCCUUCCCAACCAAUGAGCAGUGUCAGGAGUGGCACAAGCGCCUGUCCGCCGCCAUCACAGUGCCAGACAAGCUGGAGGACCUGUUCACCUUCGCCUUCCACGCCUGGUGUAGGGAUGCUACAGGGUACCAGGGAGACCCUGACUAUCCCGUACCCUCGCACAUGUGUCACCCAAGUGACCGUGUUGUUGACUACUUCCUGCAUGAAGUAGAGAGGAUGGGGUUCAACGUGAAGGAAGGUGGAGCCUGGAGGGUCACCAGCAUCAACAAGGACUACAAGUUUUGCUCUGGGUACCCAGAAAAGCAUGUGGUUCCAGCCUCUAUAACCAACGAAGACCUGGAGAAGGUUGGGAACUUCAGAUCACACAAGAGAAUACCAUCUGUUGUCUGGAGGCACCGAGGCAAUGGUGCAGUGAUAGCCCGAUGUAGCCAGCCUGAGGUGGGGUGGCUAGGUUGGAGAAACUCCAGUGACGAGCAGUUUUUACAGGCCAUUGCAGAGGCCUGUUCUGAAGACUGUGGCAAUGUCGACACUGACUCUGACAUCUUGGUGAAUGGGCACUCUGGUGUGUCCAAUGGCUCUCAAGAAGAGAAACCCGCUGACCCUCACAAGGUGCUGAUUAUGGACGCCCGGUCCUACGCCGCAGCCGUGGCCAACCGGGCGAAGGGAGGCGGCUGUGAAUGCCCUGAAUACUACCCGAACUGUGAGGUUCAGUUCAUGGGCCUGGCCAACAUCCACUCCAUCAGGAAAAGUUUCCAGGCUGUCCGUGCUCUCUGCUCUCAGCCAUCUGAUCAGGCCAAUUGGCUGUCCGCCCUGGAGAGCACCAAGUGGCUGCAGUACCUGUCCCAGCUGAUGAAGAGUGUGCUGAUGGUGGUGAACGCUGUCGACCUGGAGAACCGACCGGUCGUGGUGCACUGUACGGACGGCUGGGACCGCACGCCACAGCUCGUGGCUCUGGCUGAGCUACUACUGGAUCCGUACUACAGGACCAUAGAGGGUUUUCAGGUGCUAGUGGAGAGAGAGUGGCUGGACUUUGGUCACAAGUUUGCUGACCGCUGUGGUCACGGCUGCGGUGCGGACGACAUCAACGAGCGGUGUCCAGUCUUCCUCCAGUGGCUGGACUGUGUCCACCAGCUCCUCAGGCAGUUCCCCUGCUCAUUCGAGUUCAACGAAGCAUUCCUGGUGAAGCUAGUGCAUCAUACCUACUCUACCCUAUAUGGCACAUUCCUGUGUAACAGUCCGGCAGAGCGGGCAAAGAACGCCGUGCGGGAUCGCACCUGCUCGGUCUGGUCACUUCUUAAGUCCGACAGACGAGCUUUUAGGAAUUACCUGUACAGUCCAAGCGCUGACCAGGUGAUGCGGCCGGUUUGCCACGUUCGCAACCUCCUCCUGUGGACUACAGUGUACCUGUCCAACCAGUCUCCCACCACGCCCACAGAAGAGCAACCCUACACCACCCCCCUCCCCCAGGAACCCUCCCUCCUGUCGGGACGCGUACAGAAGACGCGCUCCUGCGACGAUAUCCAGGCCGCCAUCAGCGAGAGCAUGGAGAACGGCGGCGGGCUCAUGCGGACGUCCAGCGACACCAACCUCACGGACUGGCGACCGGACAAGCUCAUAUCGCACGAUACGGACACGAGCACAAACCACGCCGCCACCGUCGAGUACAACAGUGAACUGACUGAUUCGGAGAUCAACGGAAUCAUGGACGAAUCAAACACGUCAGCUCACAGCUUAUCCAUUCACGAAGACACCGUAGCAUUCCACAAGAAAGAGCAGCAGCAUCCCCCUGAUGAAAUAGAAACACCCCCUGGGACCCCAGACGGGGAGACAUCUAAAACUUUUUCAAAUGGUGUCCAUAGCGAGGAGCAUCCAAAAGAAGAAACUGUUAACACUAGUGUAGCAACAAAUGAAGACUUGAACCAGAAGGAUCGCAUGGAGAGCUCGACAGAGACAAUAACUGCCGAGACUGUGGAAUGUAAAGAGAGACCAGCAUCUCCUCCUAGCUCCUACUGCAAUGGUGUCAGUGGGUGUGAGGACACGGAAAUAAUGUGCAAUGGGCACGGCAAUCCUGCUGCUAAGGAAAACGGUCUAGAAGAAGAAAUCCCAGCGCUAAAGCUAGAACAUAGCUCCAGCGUUAGCACAAGCACUAGUGACAUUAGCAACUCCUUUGUCGAUGACUCCCAUGAAAAGAAGAAGCCUGGAAUAAAUGGCAUGUGUCCGUUGGCAAUGAAGAACCACGUACGGCGGGGUGGGGAAAACUCUAGACUCUCGUCCAGCACCAUCACUGCACCUAGUAAGCCUAGCAACCCCCUGAAUGGGAGCAUGUGCAUGCACACCUGUAGCAAGUGUCUACAUCUCGCUAGCAAAUCUGCAAUAUUCUACCAAAACGGCCACGCGGCGCAGCACAAGGACAUGACGCGCAGCUUACAACCUGCCACAACCACUCCCGACCAGAGCUGCAAGCCUGCCGCGCCAGUCAGCCCGGGGGGUGCCGUACCCAAUGGCAUCGGGGAGAGGGGCAAGGCAGAAGGCAUACCCGAAGAGUCGUCCGUCAGUCCAAACAUGAACACACUGAGUCGCCAUCUAGACGUGGACGGACUGACAACUAUCAGAGAUGUGGUACAGCAAAGACUGCACCAGAUAGAUGUUGGUCACAAGGGAGAGGUGGAGGCUCUGCGUCGCCAGCUGCAGACAGCCAUGAAGGUGAUCCACCAGUACCAGAAGGGCGGGGUCUGUGUCUCCUCGGGGCUGAACGGAGAGGGGUGUGACGAGGAGCUGUCGUUGCCCGACUCUGAACGCAGCGAGGAGCAGCCCUCUCUGUCCAACUGCAGCACGGAGAUGUCGGACGUGAGCUGGGAGCAGGUGGAGGAGCGCGACGCCAGUGUGACACUGUGGGUGCCUGACCACGCCGUCAACCGCUGCAUGGGCUGCAACCUCGAGUUCUGGAUGGCUCGCAGGAAACACCACUGCAGGAGCUGUGGACACGUGUUCUGUGACAUCUGCUCAGAGAAGAAGAUCUCCAUCCCCACAGAGCAACUCUUUGACCCAGUCCGCGUCUGCCUGCCUUGUUACGACAAGCUGAUGGAAACGACCUCGGAGCAGGUGUUCGAAAUCUCACUGGAGGAGGAGGAGGAGGAAGACACCAAGACGCUGUCAGAUUUUCAGACGGAACAACCAAUAGCCGCAUCAGCUGCCAGUAAUUAACAGAAGAUUUCUCCAUGGUUCAUUGUGUGACGAUAACGGCUAGCCCUGCCGCCCCCUAGACUCGAGCACGCCGGUCCGUUUCCAAGCAGCUCUGACUUACGUAUUGUACAUAUUCAUGCCCAGUUUUAAUCCCACUGCCACCCCUGCUUUGAGGUACUGUGUGCGUAGUUUUCCGAUCCUCCACAAGUAAGUCAGAACUGUCAGGAUGUGGACCGUUGUGGUUGAGUCUGUGGAGUGACAGGGCUGUGCUUAAGGAGAUGGCACUAAGGAGUUAGUUCCCCUGCCUAAUGUUGCUGUGGGUUUGGGUCUUCUGGAGCAGCUAAGAUUUCUACACCAUGUGCAAGCAACCCAAGUGUGAGUGGACAGGGAGAGAGACUGUUGCAGAACCUGGGGCUUCAGUUUGUAGUGUACACGUCAAGUUUCCUGGUUUUUGCAAAAUCUCCUGGGUUUUAGAGGCCUGAACUCUUCAUUUUGUCACCUUUUUGUUCUUAACACAUGUUGAAACAUCCAUCAAUUCUGAAGCAAAUGCUUAAAAUGAUAAGAUGCAUUCUCACUGAAAAAAAAUGAAUUCACUACACAUAUCUUGUUUUGAGAAAGACUGUAAAAAAAUCUCCAUUCUGGCAACUUGACUGGUAUGCUCUGAUGUAAUGGUUUGGGAUGCAAGCUGUAAAAGUUCAGAAAAAAAAUACAAAUUUACUAAUGGCGGUGCAUAUUCAAUGAAUUUGAUUUUAGACAAGCUAAUGUUAUUAUAGUGUUAAUGAUUUGCGAACAGUGUUAUGCCAUGAAUUUUCCAAUUUAUCCGGUGCAAAUGGAUUUGGGUACUAUCAGUAUCAUUUCUUCUGUACGAUAUUUCAUAGGAGAACUUGUUCGGAUAUCCUUUGAAAAGUGGGCGCAAUUCCAAGAAAUCUGAGUUAAAACAUUAACAUUACUCUUGAGAAACGCACAGUUUUUCUUACUUUUUGAACAAUUUGUCCCAUAUGAUGUAUUACCAUUAUUUUAGAGGAGAAGAAACAUAAUGCCAUGUAUGUCAGGACAACGUAAAUAUGAAAUUGACAUUGAGAUUGAUUUAAGAUGGCCAUAUGAUGGUGGCUCUAGUCUAAAAGCUCAAUGUAAACUUCAGGGUCACCCAUUUUCAGCAUCUGUAACUGGUAAAGGAUCUUAUAUAUUGCUGACUCAAGAAAAUAUUGUUUUCUGCUGUAUAAACCCCUUUGUUAUAUGAUAAAGCAGUACUGCUUUUCUUUCUCGAUCCAAAAAUCUCAGGCAUUUUUUGUAGAUAUCCCACUGUCCUGUUCUGCCUAUAGAUUGUGCCAAAAGUUCUGUAGGAUAUUUCCACUUAAACAAAAUGUACAACUGUAGGUACAUUGGGAAGAAAGUUGUUAGCUGUUUUGCCCCGCAUUCAUGGUCACCAGGACUGCAAAUUGGCAUCUUUUCUUGAUUGAUAGACCAGAAAGAAGGAGGUGGCUGCAAGGGGUAUUUCAGACGAAUGUGAACAAGAAAAGAGUCAUGGAUAUAGCAAGAAAAUGGCACUCAGUUUGAUGUGUAUGAACAUUUUUAGAGUAAGAUUUUCAAAAAGCAGUAGCCUGGACCCCUCCCCCCCUUCUAGCCUUGAAUAGUCUUAUAUCUACUGGCUACACAGUAACAGCAGAAAGGGUGUUGGAAUUAAAAUGCAGAAACAAGCAGGAACUAAAAGAAUGUCAUUUGACAUGAAGUACAUGUACUACUGUUGUAUGCAUUCCUCCUUCAAAGAAACUGUACUUUCGUGUUCUAACAGACCAAGGAGCUUUUAUCCUGUUGAUAAAAGCUCCUUGAACAGACAGAUGUUUUGGAUAGUAGUGCUGCUUUUACUGUUGUAAGGCUGCAAAGAUGAUUCAGAAUUGAUAAUACAGACAGUGUUGAUGACAUGACCUAGCUGCUACAAUGUCAAGACAUAUACUGAUAGUGUGACAUUCCACUUUUAGCAGUCUGAACUCCCCGAUCCUGUAACAAUUAGUCUUAACUAUCUGUUGAAAAGAUGUGGUUAAAAGUGUCCCACAAGCUUAAUAAGCUGCGAAAGGUGGCAUUGUUGUACCACAUUUGUCUUACCCAGAAACCAAAGAAAAGCAAUGUUAAAUUUGUCGCAUAAACGGUCAGCCCAGUUUUGUCAGUCCCAACCAAGAUUAGACCUUUGUCCAGUGAAAGGGUUUAGAAAUAACGUAAGGCCUAGUGAGAGUUCUCCUAUUUUGUGAUAGCAUUCGACCCUGGCAGUUACCAGUUACUUAAAACAGAAUAGCCCAUUUUACAACAGGAUAGGUUGAUGAGAGUUUUAACCUUGGUAUACUAGGUCAAACAGUUACUUGAUUUAAGAAAGUUGUAAUGUUCAAUUCUCAGGUUUUAAGAACCGCGACUUUCUUAGUGAAGGGUUUGGCGUUUGAAAGAAAGUCAAAACAGGUUUUUAUUGGAAGGGGGAAAAGUCGUCACUAAUAAUUUGAAUGAGCAAAAACAGGACUUAUACAUAAAACAUGUUAACCAAGAUAAGAAAUCUGUUGCGUGUAUGCCUUGAAAUGGUUUGGAGAGGGCUGUAGUCACGGUACAGACCAACUGAUAUUUUACAAAUGAUCUAAAAUGGUGCUUGCUCAACAGUAAAGAUGUUACCAGAAGCUAUGAAAUGGAAGAAGCGCAGCAAGAUGAAUACAUUUUUAAGGCAGAGAUAUGCCUACUGUGAACUGAUGGGUAUAUUAAAGACUGCUUAAUAGUGGGAAGGUUGAAUUUAUUAGUAAAUCCCCCUAGUUGUAAGGUUAGGCAGCCAGGUAACAAUUGUUUCCAUUGGGUCAUGUUAUAAUGUAGAAAAUGGCUGAUGAUGCAAUGUUGUACAAAUAGAGCCAUUCUGCCUCCCUGGCUGUAUGAAUUGGUGCCUAGGAAUUUGUGUAUUGCCAGAGAAUAACCCCAGCUUUAACGAUAGCUUGUUAGUGUACAGAAAAAAAUGGAAUAUAUGGCAGAGAUGUAAAUGGCUGCCUAACCUAGAGGUUAUUUCAGGGGCAAAAUGAGAACAUGAGAAGAAUUUAUGAAUGAAAUAAGAAGAAAGUAUCCAGAAAUGAAUGGGUGCUGAAGUUGAGAUAUUUUUGUUCUAUAGUGUUAAAUGAAUGGUCAUGUUGGAGGAAAUGCUUGAUGCUUGGCAAGCUGCUCAGGCUUAAGUAACAAUAAACUACCGGACUGGUA